GGGUGCAAGAAAGGGGAAGGGGAGGUGAGGGAAGAACCUCAACGUUGAUGUCCGGAGUCGAGAGCGGCCACUUGCCCGCUGGCCAGGGGCUUUACACGACCCACCAAGAUGACGGAGGGACCCAAGAAAGCCAGCAGAAAGUUCAAGUUCUUCAAGUUCAAGGGCCUCGGGAGUCUCUCCAACCUCCCUCGGUCUUUCACUCUGAAACGGUCCUCAGCCUCCCUCAGUAUCCGGUCCCACCUGGAGCGAGACACCUUUGAGGCUACACAGGAUGAUAUGAUGACUGUCCCACAAAGCCCCCCAGCCUAUGCCCGCUCCAGUGACAUGUACAGCCACAUGGGCACCAUGCCUCGCCACAGCACCAAGAAGGCUCGUGAUCAGCAGGCUACCCGGGAGACCAAGGAGGUGGGCUCUGAAUCCCACCUGGUGCCCCAAGAUCUGCCCAACCCUCCAGGCCUGGAGGCCGCGAAGGAGGUGGUGGUGGGGACCAAUGCCCCCCUGGAGGACACCCCAGCAGUGGGACCCAACCCUUCCGUAAUGGGCCCCACGGGAGAGCCUGAGGAUCCCAGCGCAGACAGAAAAGAAGAAACAGCUCCCAGGAAUGUGCCUCAGGAAAGGGCUGCUGGAGAACCAGAGGCUGGCGGGGACUACGUGAAGUUCUCCAAGGAGAAGUACAUCCUGGACUCCUCACCCGAGAAACUGCACAAGGAGUUGGAGGAGGAACUCAAACUCAGCAGCACAGAUCUCCGCAGCCAUGCCUGGUACCAUGGCCGCAUCCCCCGUGAGGUAUCAGAGACCCUGGUGCAGCGCAAUGGCGACUUCCUCAUCCGGGACUCACUCACCAGCCUGGGUGACUAUGUCCUCACCUGCCGCUGGCGCAACCAGGCCUUGCACUUCAAGAUCAACAAGGUCGUGGUGAAGGCGGGUGAGAGCUACACCCACAUCCAGUACCUGUUUGAGCAGGAGAGCUUCGACCACGUGCCCGCCCUCGUGCGGUACCACGUGGGCAGUCGCAAGGCUGUGUCCGAACAGAGCGGGGCCAUCAUCUACUGCCCCGUCAAUCGCACCUUCCCGCUGCGCUACCUGGAGGCCUGCUAUGGCUUGGGCCAGGGCAGUGGCAAGGCUGCUGGCCCCGCCAGCCCCUCGGGCCCCAAGGGCAGCCACAUGAAGCGGCGCAGCGUCACCAUGACUGACGGGCUCACCGCCGACAAGGUCACCCGUAGCGAUGGCUGCCCCACCAGCACAUCACUGCCCCACCCCCGGGAAUCCAUCCGCAACUGUGCCCUCAGCAUGGACCAGAUCCCAGACCUGCACUCGCCCAUGUCUCCCAUCUCUGAGAGUCCCAGCUCCCCCGCCUACAGUACUGUGACCCGUGUCCACGCCGCCCCUGCAGCUCCCUCUGCCACAGCGCUGCCUGCCUCCCCUGUCACCCGCCGCUCCAGUGAACCCCAGCUGUGUCCUGGAAGUGCCCCAAAGCCCCCUGGGGAAUCGGACAAGGGCCCUUAUGCCAGUCCCUCCCACACGCUCUGCAAGGCCUCCCCAUCACCGUCGCUUAGCAGCUACAGUGACCCGGACUCUGGCCAUUACUGCCAGCUCCAGCCUCCUGUCCGUGGCAGCCGAGAGUGGGCAGCAGCUGAGGCCUCCAGCCGGCAGGCCAGGAGCUACGGGGAGAGGCUAAAGGAACUGUCAGAAAAUGGGGCCCCCGAGGGGGACUGGGGCAGGGCCUUCACGGUCCCCAUUGUGGAAGCCACCUCUUCGUUCAACCCAGCCACCUUCCAGUCCCUACUGAUCCCCAAGGAUAACCGGCCUCUGGAGGUGGGCCUCCUGCGCAAGGUCAAGGAGCUGCUAGCAGAGGUGGAUGCCCGGACGCUGGCCCGGCACGUCACCAAAGUUGACUGCCUGGUUGCUAGGAUACUGGGCGUUACCAAGGAGAUGCAGACCCUAAUGGGAGUCCGCUGGGGCAUGGAGCUGCUCACCCUCCCCCAUGGCCGGCAGCUACGACUAGACCUGCUGGAAAGGUUCCACACCAUGUCCAUCAUGCUGGCCGUGGACAUCCUGGGCUGCACGGGCUCCGCCGAGGAGCGGGCAGCGCUUCUGCACAAGACCAUCCAGCUGGCGGCGGAACUUCGGGGGACCAUGGGCAACAUGUUCAGCUUCGCUGCGGUCAUGGGCGCCCUGGAUAUGGCUCAGAUUGCCCGGCUGGAGCAGACAUGGGUGACCCUUCGGCAGCGACACACAGAGGGUGCCAUCCUCUACGAGAAGAAGCUCAAGCCAUUUCUCAAGAGCCUCAACGAGGGCAAAGAAGGCCCGCCGCUGAGCAACACCACGUUUCCCCAUGUGCUGCCGCUCAUCACUCUGCUAGAAUGUGACUCGGCCCCCGCUGAGGGCCCUGAGCCCUGGGGCAGCACAGAGCACGGUGUGGAGGUGAUCCUGGCCCACCUGGAGGCUGCCCGAACAGUGGCACACCACGGAGGCCUGUAUCACACCAACGCUGAGGUCAAGCUGCAAGGGUUCCAGGCCCGGCCAGAGCUCCUGGAGGUGUUCAGCACUGAGUUCCAGAUGCGCCUCCUCUGGGGCAGCCAGGGCGCCAGCAGCAACCAGGCCCGGCGCUAUGAGAAGUUCGACAAGGUCCUCACUGCCCUGUCCCACAAACUGGAGCCUGCUGUCCGCUCCAGCGAGCUGUGACCCCCACGGACCCCUCCCCUCUGCAGCUGCGGGCAGCAACAGGGACAGAGGGGGCACAGACCUUUCCCCAGAGCACCCCAGAGACACUGUGAUCAGCCCAAGAAUGUUCUGGGCCCAAACCAGGAUCUCCGUUGCACUUCCAGGGUCCUGCAUGGGCCCUGGGCUCCGUCCCACCUGCUACAUGCCUGCCAAGUCUCCCUUCAGGAAGAACCGGAACCCUCUCCCUCCCUCCAGCUUCUGCUUCUCCCCUUCCUGCUGAGGUGCCCUGUGCUCGAGCCAGGAGAGAGCCUUCACACCUCCUCACUCUUCUCGGGGCACCUGCCGGACACCAAGGCCUCCACCUGGUUGUAAAUAUGUCUGUCUGUUCUGUAAAUAGAUGUACAGAAGCCAUGUUCGUUCUUUCAUAUAAUAAACUUUUAUGACUCUUU